UUGAGGGAAGCCCGCCCCGUAUAUAAUCCUGCAGCAGCAAAAGCCGGUUUAGUGUUGUUGAUUCUCUUUUGCCUCGGAGACUUCUCGGGAUAAUGAAGGCUGGGGUAUUCCUUCUCCUGCUCGGAGCUGCCUGCAGCCUGGCCUCCAACUCUUUGUAUACCGCACCAGAUUCCUGCAAAGGGCGAUGUAAGGAAAAAUACAACCGCCAAGAUGACUGUCAUUGUAAUACUGAAUGCGAAAAGUAUCAGAACUGCUGUGACGACUUCCAUGAGCACUGUGAGCAGGAUAGCAAAGAGAUGGAACAAGCAUCUGAGGAGGGAUUCUCCAGGAGCAAUGAUGCUAUCAGUCAGGAGGAGCUGCAAAAAGUAUCUGAGCAACUUUACCAAAGUGACAGCAACAAAGCAGAGGAGUCUGACAUCACCCUUAACAAGCAGGCCUUGAUAUCCCAGACUUCAAAACUGAAAGAUCAGUCCCCAGAAAGACUCUUCUCGUCCGUCAAUGAGAAGAAGCUCUUCUCCAAGCCGACGUACGCCAGUUUCAUUAAGCUGCUGGAUAACUUCCAAAGGGAGGUUGGAAAGGGGGAAGACUUCACUGCUGAGCAGCUGAAGGAAGAGGAUCGUUUCCUGGAGGAGAUCAUGAAGACAGAAGUCAUGAAAGAGCUUUAUGGGUUCCUUCACGACAAGAAUCGUUACAGCACGGAGGCAGAGUUUGUCACUGACUUAAAGGAGAUGUGGUUUGGCCUUUACGCCAGGGACUCCAAGACCAAUGAGGAUGGCUCUAGCGGCUUUGAGCAUGUCUUUCUUGGAGAAAUCAAGGAAGGCAAAGUGUCCGGAUUCCACAACUGGAUUAGCUUCUACCUGCAGGAGAAACAAGGCCACCUCAACUAUCUCAGCCACAGCUAUGAUGGUCCAUGGACCUCAUAUCCAGACGUGCUCGGGUUGCAGUUCAGCUGGGAUGGAUUUAACAAAGAGGUUGGAUCAGCCUUCAUUGGAAGCAGCCCCGAAUUUGAAUUUGCCGUCUACUCAUUGUGCUUCAUUGCUAAGCCCAAUAAAGUGUGCCAUCUGAAACUUGGGGGUCAUGAUCUGGGUAUCCAGACACACACCUGGGAUAAAUGUACCUAUGGCAACGGGAAAAGGUACAUUGCCACAGCUUAUGUGAAGACACCAUGAGAAGGCAAGAUGAGGAAUGAGAAGGAACAUGUUGAAUGACCAGAUCUGCCCCUUUCGGCAUGUAUUCCUGCUCUCACACCACACCAGGAGAUGCUCUCUGGCAGACCUGCCUUUCAUCUUUAUAUCCUCUGUGAAUGUUGUUUGCCUUAUGGAGCGCACAGCAGAAUUGUGAGACUGGAAUUCCAAGGCUCGUCUGGUAAUUGUUCUUUCCAUCUUUUAGUUGUCCACUCUUAGAUAAUGGACUUUAUGGCCUGCAGUGUAUUCUAUAAUUUGCAUGGUCGUGUGCGGCCAACUGUUGGUGCAUUGUUGGCACAUUUAGAAGGGGUACUCAGUCCACUUCCUGUGAUGCAGUGGCCCAUUGCUUGGGGAAAGAACUGUUUGCAGCCUUGCACAUGCUCAUGUAUCUUGGGGCUGAAGUUCAAACAGGUGAGAAGACUUGUAUCUAGGAAACCUGGGUCUCCAGCCAUGCUCCUAAUGAGCCUUAGGCCAGCUUUCAUUUCUCAGUUCCUCAGUGCACAAUUAUCCUACCUCACAAAGCUGUUGUGGGGAUGAACAAGGAGUCAGCAAAAGACAAUGCAGAUGAAAAAAUGGUAUCGGCAUCCUAUGUGGUGCAGUGCUUUGGGGGUUGUUUUUUUCUAUGUCUCCUCCUGUUUGACAGCCCAGCAGACUUUAAGGGUAGUCCUAAACAGAGCUACACCCUUCGAAGCCUGUUGAAGUCAUUGUGUUUCGAGAGACAUAACUCUGCUUAGGAUUGUGCUGUUUGUUACUUUUAUGGUGCAAUAAACGAUAUCAAAUCCUUAUCCUCAA